GGCUACUAAAUUAUAGAUAUUGUUGUGACCAGAAUGUUUUGUUGUCAAUUUGUUUUGUGUUUUUCAGAGGUGCAGUAUCAUGCAUUCACUCCACGAUGAGAAAGGAGUGGUGAAGUUGUUCUUUGAAAAUUAUUCAAGACAGGAAAUUGUUGCAAAGGCUGCCAGUUCCGUGUCUGGCCUCUGUGACCAGGCAUUCCAUGAUGGCGUGCUGCGGCUUCUGUACCACCUGUACUUCUCCCCACUGGCUCUCAGCUGCCCGCCACCUCCCAGCCUCCGCCUCCGGGUGCUCGGAGACCUUAUCAAGGAGCUGGAGACCACGGGCCAGGAGGUGCCAGAGCUGGCGUACCGGCUGCACGGCCAGCUCAGCUCGUCUCCGCGCGCCGCCAGCACCGACGGUCACGUGGUGUAUCAGCUGACGCCGGUGGUGUCCGUGCCGGUGUGGGAGAACCGCUGCCUGCUGGCGGCGGAUACCACCGGACUGAGGACCUGGCAGGCGGGGAAGGCACUUCUGGACUGGUAUAUGCUCCGACCUGACGGACUGAAGGACCGGCGAGUGCUGGAACUGGGAGCCGGACUGGGACUCACAGGUCUGGCACUGUGCCGACUCUGCCAGCCAAAGUCGUACAGCAUCACCGAUGGCCACCCGCUGGUCGUUCAGAUGUUGAAAUACAACGUCAACAAAACCCUCGAACUAGUCAAAGACAACCUCGUCAUGGAAGACGAUGCCGCCUGCGCCGAAUUCGUCGCAUCUGCGGCGGACCUUACCGACCUGCCGGAGGCGUCCGCGGGACCGCCGGAGGGAGGCGACACCAGCGACCCUGGCGGCGACCUGCGAACUACCCUGGACGGCACAGAGCUCACGGUCGGGAAACUCGACUGGUUCAAAUUUACCGCCGAGGAUGCGCGGAAACUGGAUAUUGACCUGGUUCUGACGGCAGACGUGACGUAUAACCCUGAGCUGCACGAACCGCUGGUACGGACCCUGAGUCUGGUGCUGGACAAUGUUCAGCCGGCGCCGCAGGUUCUGCUAGCGUUAACAGAUAGAAACGAGGAUACCACGGCCAGACUCAUGAGGGAACUCGCGUCGCAGGGUCUGAAGCAGCGCCUUCUGGCCACCCCCGCCAACAACCAGUCGGCCUUCCAGAUGGACGAGAUGUCCAAGGUCAAAAUGUUCGACAUCACCCGACUCGAGGAGUAGCCGGAGAGCUGCUGGUGGAAGCGAAAGCGUCAAAGUUGUUCGAUGUGAUGAUGCGGUGUGGUGCAAUGUCGAAGUGCUCUAAAACUGUGCCUUGGUCAAAAUAUGGAAAGUUGUGCUGCUCGGUGCUCAACUCAUACCUUGCUCAAUGCUCACCGAUGAUGUUUUCUUGAGGUGACCCGCUAGUCAUUUUUGGCUUAUUUUCGAGCCCAUUUACGCGCUGUUUUGUAUUGAGACUUGUGCUGUGAUGCCGACCGAUGUUUUCUAAAUGGAUGACCUGCCGUGUGUUUCUACCCGUGCGUUUUUAUCAACGCAGUUCUUAUUGGAAUGUGACAAAUACAAUGCCCUGUA